AGAGUUUUUUCAGUGAGUAAAUUGUGGGUGGGAAAAAGCAGGAGGAAAAAAAAAAAAGCGACGGGGGCAGAAAAAAAAAGGGAAUGCCGAUUGUCUUUUUAUAGUGAACAGCAGGUCGGAAAAAUGCAGCCUGGAAUGAGUUUGGAAGUGAUCAAUGAAGAAGGCAGUUUGUCCAGCAGUUUGAGCUCAAGUGUUGCUGCUGUGGUGCAAGAAACAAAUUCCCUCAUUUCUUCCAAUAAUGGGAAACACACCAGCACAUGUCAGCAAGUCAACCUGUUCAGCUCUGGAUCACGCAAGAAGGCAACCAGUGUGGAAUCUCUGCUGACAGAAACCCAUUCUGGUGACUGGGGAGUCGCAGAGUAUGUGGAACCAGAUAUCAAAGAGCAGUUGGCCAAAGUCCAAAAGGGCAACUAUGGCGCCCUCAUCACUUGGCAACACGUUCGCAACCUCGAUGAUGACAAUGAAGACAUCUCAUCACAGCACAACGACAUGCGCGAAAUCAUGCUGGACAAGACCGAACACAAAAACAACAAUAACGGUCAAGACCAAAACAGUCAGCAUGAAGAUGACGGAAUUGGGGAUGAAAUCCUCACUGAAUCUUCAUCCAGUGUCAACACAUCCCAUGAUGACAAUGACCACAGCAGACCUGUUAGUGCCAGUGGAGCAGUUCCUUUUUUGCGUCCAGAUUCCACCAGUUCAGCAGAAGCUGAAGAAGAUGGAGAUGCACCUGUUCCUGCCCCUAGGAAACACAAGUCUGCUCAGCAACAACCCCUUGCUGCUGAAGAAGAAGCUUCAUCAACACUUGCAGAACUUGAUGAAACUCAUCCUCACCCUGAAGCAGCUGAAACUGCGCCAAAAGUGGAACCAGUCCUGAUUGAAACAGUGGCUGAAGUUCAUCAAGCUGAAGAGCAUCAAGCUGAAGAGCCUUUGAUGGAUGUUGCUGACAAAAUAGUUGAGAAAAUUAUUCCUUCACCUGCAACAAGUGAAAAAGGAGAUGAAGAAGCAAUUCUUGAAACUACAACCACAGUUGAAGCAUCAGCAGCAGAGACUCCUGCUGCUGAUGAUAGUUCAGUGAAAGAAUUGAAGACUGAGCUGGCCCAAGAUGAUGAUGUUAUUCAAGAAGAACUUGUGGUUGAGGAUUCAAGGUCCUUUGAGAGUCUGAAGAAUGCAAUUGAGGAGCAA